UCCUUCAGUCUCUCUCUCUCUCUCUCUCUCCUCUAUCUAUCCAUAUUCUCUCUCCUUCUGAUAUCUCUUUUAGCUAUCGUUGAUCUCUCUCUCUCUCUCUCUCUCUCUCUCUCUCUCACUCUCACCUAACCUUAUCAUUUCACCUGAGACUCUCGUCCACGAUCCGGGCCAUGAGUUCCGAGGAAGCUAAGGUCGUCGUGCCAAGGAACUUUAGAUUGUUGGAGGAGCUUGAGAGAGGUGAGAAAGGCAUCGGAGAUGGUACCGUAAGCUAUGGGAUGGAUGAUGCUGAUGAUAUCUAUAUGCAAUCCUGGACUGGCACCAUCCUCGGCCCUCACAAUACUGCAUACGAAGGGAAAAUCUUCCAGCUGAAGCUCUUCUGUGGUAAGGAAUACCCUGAAAGUCCACCUACUGUGAGGUUCCAGACCCGGAUAAACAUGGCCUGUGUCAACCCUGAAACUGGAGUGGUUGAACCGACUCUCUUUCCUAUGCUCGCAAACUGGCGGAGAGAAUACACAAUGGAGGACAUUCUGAUUAAGCUGAAAAAAGAAAUGAUGACUUCCCAUAACCGCAAGUUAGCUCAACCCCCGGAAGGUACUGAGGAAGCUAGGCCAGAUCCAAAAGGACCUGCUAAAUGUUGUGUGAUGUGAAGAGAGAAGUUGGAGGGAAUCAUCAAUUUGUAUUAAUAGAAGGGAUAAUGUAUAUAAAACAUCAUUUGAAGCUUUUGAUAUUGCCUACGACUUGAAUGUUAUACUGCUGUUUGAGAUUAUAUAUAUAUGUCCACCAAAAAACAGGUGAUUAUGAGUU